AUGCUUAUUGGAUUAUUUUUAGUUGCAGUCAUUGCCACAUUCGCAAAUUCUUCUGAAACCGCUCCAUCUGAGUCUUCUGCCCUCGAGACCGAUUUUGAAAGCUAUACUAAUGAAUAUUUUGAAUUUUAUACUGACUCUGCUGGCAAGUCUUAUACUAUUGGAGAUCAAGAUUACUAUAUUGACUCAAGUGACAAUUAUAUCAACUUUUGGACUGACGAAAAUGGUAGCACUCGAACAAUUGACCAUGAUCUUUUAGAAUGGGUUUCCCAAUCAUAUAUUGAAAAAUCUAAUGAAUAUAUUAACUUUUAUUCUGACUCUGCUGGCAAGUCUUAUACUAUUGGAGAUCAAGAUUACUAUAUUGACUCAAGUAACAAUGUAAUCGGAUUUUGGACUGACGAAAAUGGUAGCACACGAACAAUUGACGGAGGUCUAUUAAAUUAUAUUUCCGGAUCAUAUAUUGGUACAAUAACAAAUGAAUAUUUUAACUUUUAUACUGACUCUGCUGGCAAGUCUUAUACUAUUGGAAAUAACGACUACUAUACUGACGUAAGUGACAAUAUUAUCGACUUUUGGACUGACGAAAAUGGUAGUACUCAAACAAUUAACGACUAUCUUUUAUACUAUGUUAGUGAUUCAUACAUUGGUGAUGAUGGUGAAUCUUACGAAACAGAAGCAGCCACUGCAGAAGCUAGAAGUGGAGCCAAAGAAUCCUCGGCAUCUGUUGGUGCUGCCGGAACAGGCAGCAACAGCGUUGCUACAUCUACAUCUGAUCAACAGGUUAAAAAAUCUGGUACUACAACUUCAACCAAAGGAUCUGAUAAUAGUCCCACAACCAAUAACCCAUCUAGCAGUGAUUCCACCUCUGCGACUGACCAAUCUAAUGGUGGCUCCAGCAGUGGUAAAGGUAAUGGAGCUAAUCUCUAUGUUCCACUUGCCGGAUUGUUCGUAGCGCUAGCAGGUGCAAUAAUCUAA